AUGAUAUUUUCGCAGGAAUAUCCCGACUUGUCGUCUUGUACAAAUUCUGCUUUUGAAAAGUGUGGUAUUAUCAAAUUCACAAUCCCUGAUACCGUCGUAUCGCUUGAUUUAAAUCUGUUUAAUUCAUGCGCUAAUUUAGAGAAACUUGUUAUAUCCAAGAACGUUAAUGUCUUGCCAUAUUACAUAUGCGAAAAUUGCACCAAAUUAACACGCGUUGUACUCCCAAAUUAUUUAAUUUCAAUUAAAGCAGAAGCUUUUUGUGAUUGCAGCCAACUUGUUGAUAUUACCAUCCCAAAUACUUUACUUCGAGUUGAGUUUGGCACUUUUUCGAACUGUGAAAAACUUCAGAACUUAUAUUUAAUGAAGUGUGUGAAAUUGAGAAUGGGGUGUUUAGUGUGUACUUUGGAUGACGAUUUUGGCUCAGAAGGAGAGUUAAAAAGUGACCGAAAGUAUACAACACUCGAUAUGUCAUACGACUGCAAUUUUGAAUGUACAGACUCGGUGUUUUUUAUACCCGAAAAUUUCACAAAAAUUGAAAAUAUGCCAUUUUAUAAAAAUCGAGAUAUCUACGUGAUAUAUAUGUCUCAGAGCGUUUUCGAUAUCAAACGUGUUUUACUUAACAAAUUUGAUAAUUUGGAAGAAAUUUAUAUGUCUUCUCACAUCAAAAAAUUUAAUAAGUCAAUAUUUGAAAAUUGUGUCAAUUUAAAACAUAUAUUUAACAUGCAAAACGUGACUAAAAUACGCCAAUUUUGCUUCAAAAAUUGUUCAUCUUUAAAAAGUCUUCACAUCAACAAACGUGCAAAAAUUUCGUUCGGCUGUUUUGAAGGAUGUGUUGGACUAACUUCUCUUGAAAUACCAAACAACAACAAAAAAGUCACAUUUCAAGUAACAAAUGAAGACGAAAAAGUCUUAACACCAUUUGGUUAUACUUUUGGUGAUCAUGUCUGCUAUUUCAAUUCAAAAGACACAUUUUUAAAAUUUGAUGAAAUUAAAGAUAAAAAUUAUUUCUAUGAAUUACAAGGAAAUUUUUCAAGUGAAGAACUUGACACAAUUGUAAUUCCAAAUAAUGUCACAAAAAUAUCAACUGGCUUUUUUGGUAUGGACGCAUUAAAAAGUAUUGAUUUGGGAUGCGUGAAAGAACUUGAAGAUGAGUGUUUUGAGUGUAGUGUAAAUUUUUUAACUAUUCCAACAACUUUGACAAAAAUUGGGACAAAAUUAUUCCAAAGUAAAAUAAAACCAACUUCAAUUGAUUUUUGUGGAAAUAAAUAUUACACGGGAAUUGUCACAAAACAAGAACAAAAUUUCAUUGAAAAAUGUGGAGUUCAAUGCACCAAUUUAGAAUUUGAGUUAAACAAUUUUGAAUAUUACAAAUACAUUCCAAUGGGUUACAAAGUGAUUGGGUCAGACCGAUAUCAAUUACCAUUAUAUCUUACACAAAUAAUUAUACCAUAUGGGGUCUCACAAAUCAAUUCACAUUGUUUUUCUAAUCUUCCAAAUUUAAAGAAAGUCGAGUUUCCAGAGACACUUCGCAAUAUCAAUUAUGGCGCUUUUGCCUUUUGUUAUUCUCUUGAAAACGUCACAUUUUCACAAGCACUUCAAUCAAUCAGAAAUUUUGUGUUUUAUUAUUGCAUCAAUUUUACACAAAUUGUACUUCCAAUAAGUUUAGUUGACAUUGGCAGUUCCGCAUUUUCAAAUUGUGAACAUGUAAAAAGCAUUGAUGUUCCAGUUUCCGUUUAUUCAGUAAGUGGUGUGUUUGAUUCAUGUUAUUCACUCACUUCAAUUAACAUCAAAAACACACGUGAAAAUACUUCUACUUGUUCAACUUAUAACGGACCUUUUACGUGUUGCAAUUUCGAAGAAAUUACAAUUCCUAAGAGUGUCACCGAAUAA